GAUGGGAACUGAUAUAUCCAUAUUUUACAUGUUCUAUACCUUAUCUAUACUAGCUUUUGAUUGAAUUAAGCAUGAUAUUAACAAACUGAAACCAUAUAGUAUUUUGAAAGAACGUUUAUUGUGCUAGAUUUUUUUAAAAAGUGCAUGUAGGCACAUAUAUAUUUAUACGCUUACGUGUGUGUAUCUGUGUAUGCAUGAAAGAGGGGAGUUUGUAUAUACACAUAUGCAUGCGUGUAUGGAGCAAAAGUCAUAGAUAGAGAGGAGCUAAAGAGAUCAUUUCGUCCGAGUCUCUGGUAUCUUUCCAAAACCAUACCUAUAAGAGGUCAUGUAUUAGGACACCUAAGCUCAUCAACCUCUCUAUAAAUAACCAUUCACACACCCCCAACUUUUUCCAUCUCUCAAUCCACACCCAACUAACCAAACCAAACCAAACCAAACCAAUCCCAAGUUUUAAAUUCAUUGAUUCCUUUACACAAAUGGCUUCACAACAUCAAAUGUUCCUUGUCUUUUUACUGAUCUCCAUGCCCUUCAUUUCAUGUCACAAUGACUUACAAGAAGACAAUAUCAUCCAUCAUCAUGAAUAUUACAUUAAUGGUAAUAUAAUUGAUGAUUAUGAUGAUGAAGUCUCUGGCUUAUAUGGUGGUGGUUCUUCUUCUUCUUCUCAAGCUGCUUAUCCUUCCUUUUUUAACUCCAUUUUUGAUGAUCAAGUUUCAAGCUUUAAGAGGUUUGACAAACUGGGUGGUUCUCUAAGAACUAGUGUCAAUGUUGAUGGCUUUGGAGCUAAGGGUGACGGAAAAACUGAUGAUACCCAGGCAUUUGUGAAUGCUUGGAAAGCAGCUUGUUCAUCAAAAGCAGCCAUUCUUGUGGUGCCCAAGAAGACAUAUAGGCUUAGGCCCAUCACAUUCUCUGGCCCAUGCCAAUCUGAUGUUACAUUUCAGAUAUAUGGGACCAUAGAAGCUUCUGAUAACAGAGGAGACUAUAAGGAAAACCCAAGACACUGGCUUGUCUUUGAUAGUGUUGAGAAUUUACUUGUUCAAGGAGGUGGAACAAUCAAUGGCAAUGGCAAGAUAUGGUGGCAAAAUUCCUGCAAAAUCAACAAAUCUCUUCCUUGCAAGGAUGCUCCGACGGCUUUCACAUUCUACAAAUGCAAUAACUUGAUGGUGAAGAGCCUGAAAAUCCAGGAUGCUCAACAAAUCCAUGUCUCUUUCCAAGGUUGCAUCAAUGUCCAAGCUUCAAAUCUUGUUGUAACUGCACCUAAAGAAAGCCCCAAUACUGAUGGAAUCCAUGUCACUGAGACCCAGAACAUCCAGAUCACAAGCUCUGUCAUAGGAACAGGUGAUGAUUGUAUAUCCAUUGCCAGUGGGUCCCAAAAUGUGUUAGCUCAGGACAUCACCUGUGGACCAGGUCAUGGAAUCAGCAUUGGAAGCUUAGGGUCUGGGAGUUCAAAAGCGUAUGUUUCAGGAGUGACAGUGAUUGGAGCUACGUUUUCUGGCACCACCAAUGGAGUCAGAAUCAAGACAUGGCAGGGAGGGUCUGGAAGUGCAAGCAACAUUAAGUUCAAAAACAUUUCAAUGUACAAUGUCACCAACCCAAUCAUAAUUGACCAAAACUACUGUGACCAACACAAACCUUGCAAACAACAGAAAUCAGCAGUACAAAUUAAGAAUGUGAUGUACCAGAACAUUAAAGGGACUAGUGCUUCUGAUGUGGCAAUCAAUUUUGACUGCAGCAAGAGCUUUCCAUGUCAAGGGAUUGUGUUGGAAGAUAUAAGCUUAGUAAGGCAAGGAGGGAAAGCAGCAGAAGCUGUAUGCAACAAUGUUAACUUGGUUGAAUAUGGAGUGGUGUCCCCACAAUGCCCUUGAAAGUAUACAAAGAACAUGACUACCAGUUGCAGAUACAGAACUACAGGAGAUUAGACAAUUCUUAUUUGUUAAUUGGUGUAUAUAUAUAUACACAUACAACGAAGAGUUGCAUUUGUAAGAAAAUAAGGUUGUAUGAUCAGUCAGUGUAUAAAAAAGAACUUUCAUGUGAAUAUAUAUAUGUGAAGGGGUCA